ACAAAAGUCGAUAUACGCAGCGAGCGCCAUUCACAGUGCACGAGUAAUUGUUUGUCGUUCGUCAAGUGAAGUUGUGUUUUUCUAUAUCGGCUGCUUCACAAAACUGAAUUUUUUCUUUUUCUCAAGUGAUACAUACAAAAAGUGAGGUGUAGAACAGAAAAGCAGCCAUUUUGGUUUUUUUUUACUACACAACCAAGAAAAAAAGUAUUUUUACAAAUUAAUUAAUUAAGUGAAUUUGUUAUAAGAAAAAUAAACUGUAUUUUAAAGAAACAGUUUAUUAGUGGCUGUAAAUUUUUAAUUAAAUAAAGCGUUAAACAAGUCACCCAAAACAACUCAAAUAACAAAACAAUGGCUUUCCGCAAUCAAAAUCGUAAUCGCAACUUUGGCGGUAAUAAUUAUGGCGGUGGUCCCAUGGGUGGUGGCAAUCGUGGCGGCGGCAUGGGUGGCAACAUGAAUAUGUCUCCCUGGGAAGGACAAAGCGGUGGUCCCAGUAACUUUGGUGGCAAUAUGCGCCAAGGUGGUGGCGGUCAAGGUGGUCAAGGCAUGAAUGCCCAAGCCAUCAAUUUGGCCAAUAAUCUUUUGAACAAUCUAUUCCGUAAUCAAAAUCCUCCCUCUCUAUUGGAUAUGCCCCGUGGUGGCAAUAUGGGUAAUCGUGGACAACGUGGUGCACCGAUGGUCAAUCGUGGUGGUCCUGGUGGCAAUCGUCCUAAUAAUCGUCGUGGUCAAGGAGGUUUCCAAAACCGUGCUGGUCCUAAAUCAGCUUCUAAGCCCGGCGCUGGUGGCGGCAUUCGUAAACAGAAUGCCUUUGAUCGUGCAAAGAAACUUUUGGCUAAAAAUGCCAACAAUAAAAAGAAGGAUUCCGCUUCUGGCGAUAAGAAAACUGAGAGCAAAGAGUCUCCCUAUGCCAAUGUACCCAACGAUAUGUUCUACUGUCAUCUCUGCAAGAAACACAUGUGGGAUGCCAACUCAUUUGAGAAUCACAUCAAGGGACGCACUCAUUUAAUGAUGCGCGAAGGUAUUGAAGAAAGCUAUCGUCUAAAGGCCAAUAUGAUCCGUCAGGAAGCCAAGAUUGCUGAGCAAUUGAAAUCCAUUGAAUUGGAUCGCUUGAAGCGUAUGGGCAAGAGCAAGCAACGUCAGUUGGACUACUGCACCAUGUGCGAUUUGAACUUCCAUGGUCAUAUCUCGGCCCAUCGUAAAUCCGAGGGACAUUUGCAAUUGAAGAAAUUCUUGCAUCCCAAGUGUAAUGAAUGUAACAAGGAAUUCGCCACUCGUAUUGAUUACGAUACCCAUUUGUUGGCUGCCGAACAUUUGAUUAAGGCCGCCGAGAAGAAUACCAAGGUUGGAGAACGUAAACGUCAGACCUUGCCUAUUCUCACCGAGGAGGAUGAAUUGAAGGAUGUCCGUCCCCCCACCAAGAAGAAGAAGAAGGCUGCUGCCAAGAAGACCACCGAAGCUGGUGAAGGUGCCGAAGUCAAGAAGGAAGGUGAAGAAGAAGCUGAAGGCGAAGAAGCCGAAGGUGAAGAUGCUGAAGCCAAGAAAGAAGGUGAAGAGGGUGCCGAUGAGACCAAGGAGGGUGAAGAAUUGAAUGAAACCCAAGAAGGCGAAGAAGAAGUUGCUUUGCCCGUCGAUCCUGAAGACUGCAUUCUGGAUUUCCAUGAUGGUGAUGAGAUUCCCACGGAAGUCGACAACCGUUUGCCCAAAUACAACUGGACCCGCCCAGUUGGUACCGCUCUCAUCACCAAACUCGAAUGUUUCGAGUGCUCAUUGUGUGGCAAAUUCUUCGACAACGAAAAGACUGUCGAAGUGCACUCUCGCACUGUCACCCAUCACCGCAACUUCUUGAAAUUCAUCAACGAGAAGGCCAGCGACACCAAGAUCGCUCAAAAGCGCGCUGCCGCCGCCAUUGAAGAAAGCGAACGCAAGAAGCGCAAGUUGGAAGAAGCUGAAGCUUCUGCCAACGGUGAAGGUGAAAAGACCGAAGCCGCCGAAGGUGCUGAAGGUGAAUUAUACGAUCCCUCAGAAGCCACCGGUGAAGAUGAGGAUGUUGAAAUGAAUGAAAAUGGUGAGGGCGCCGAAGAAGGUGGUGAAGGUGCUGAAGCCGAAGAGAAUGGCGAAGAAAUGGAAACCCAAGAAGAAGCUGAAGAAGAAGCCGAGCCAGAAGCUGAGGCCGAGGCUGAAGCAGAAGCUGAGCCCGAACCCGAGCCAGAGCCAGUCAAAGAAACACCUAAAGCAGAAACACCCGCAAAGACCGCCACCAAGACUGCUGCUGCUCCCUCAACACCCGCUUCCGCUGAAGCCUCACCUGCCAAGAAAGCAGCGACACCUGCUGCCCGUGGUGGUGCCGCCAAGGGAACGCCGCGUAACCGUGGUCGCGGUCGCUACAACCGUUACUAAGCUAGUUUAUUUAGCCUUCUCUAAGCAACCUCCUCCCUCCCCUUUUUCUAAUCACACUUUCCUUGAAUUGUCUUGUGGAAGUAAUUGACGCGAAUAUUUACUAUUCAGCAGAAAUGAUUUCAUGACACUUUUCAUUACAUAUAUUUUUUUAUAUAAAUUAAAAUUUAUUAUAAUUUAACAAAAAAAAAAAAAACCAACAAUUUCAUUUAAUUACUAAAACUUACAAAAAACCAAUCACAAACCAUAAAACAAAACUUUUUUGCUAAUUCCUUAUACCUUUAAGUUGUAACUAUAGUUGUAACUUAAUUCAAACCAAUAUAUUGAUUGCAUUAUAAAUGACACAGGAACACGUUUUUAAAAUAACAAUUACAUUAAAGUACACCAACAAUUAAAUCCGCAAGCUCAUUCGGUUUACUGAUAAAAUACACGGACAUCAUUUUUUAAAAGUAUGAAUUACUGAAUGAGCUCCAUAAAAGAAACCAAUAAAAAUAAAAUAUUUUAAUUUUAAGCUAUUAGUUUAAUAAGUAUUAAUUAAACUUUGAUUGAUGAACGCUAAACAAAAUAUUAUUCAGAGCCCAUUUAUUAUAUACUUAUCUAAAUAAACUCCUCAAAAAAACAUGAAAAAAA